UUGACUCCAAUUUACUUUAAGUUUGGACCUUUUCGUAAUUUCGGAUCUUCGAGGGACUCGGUGGCAUUUUGUUGCUUAAUUAGUCCCUAACUAAUUAGGCCCUUUCUUUUGAUACGAACCCCCCACCCGAUCCAUCUCUCUCUUUCGCUCGAUCUCCCUCUCCUCUCUACGCCCGUACGACCUCCGCCGCUCCCCUUGUGCACGCGCGACGCCAUCCGUUCCCUAUCGUCGUCGCCGUCAUCCGUAGCCGCCUCCACCGCAUUUCCCAUUGGCCAUUAUUUUCUUUUGGUUCGUUAUCAACGGAAUCUUGCCGCCGUCUUCACCGUUUUCGAGAAGGUCCCGACGAUUGAUUUUCUGCACAUUUUCGACUGGAUAAUUUCUAUCUUUGAAGCUACGUUAAGAUGGUGCGUCCGACCCGUCGUAACAACACCAAUAAUGAGCAAUCGAGGAACCCGCCUCCAGCCAGAUCCAGAGAUGCAGAUCUAGACAUCACCUUAGCCUCACUUUUGAAUACCACGUCCUCGACAGCCCUUCCACCUAUCCAGAAUCCGCUUCAGUCAACUAUAGCGCCUCCAACGAACCCUUCGGCUUUUGUUCCACUGCUGCAGCAAACCUUCAGUACGGGGAUACCUUCGACGGCCGCUCCCACUACCUUUUCGUUUCCGCCGUCGACUGCACCUUCUGGUUUUGUUCCAUUGCCGCCACAACCUACUAUUCCCACCCACUCCGCCAGUUUACCGCAGAGCGCCACGAUGGACCCCUUGGUUGCCACCCUGAUACAAGCUGUUGUCGGACUAGUUCAGACUCAGCAGCAAAAUUUACAGCAGAAUCCAGCUCCUAGUGCCGCGGAGUCAAGUUCCAGAGUUCGAGAGAGGAGCAUCAACGAAUUUAAGAAGUCUGCUCCUCCACCUUUUUCGGGCGCUACAAACCCGGACGAAGCGGAAAAUUGGAUCAAGGAGAUGGAAAAAGCAUUUACGGCAAUGCAGUGCACCGAUGAAGAGAAAGUCAGAUUCGGGACAUUCAUGCUUCAGGGCAGAGCGAAUAAUUGGUGGGAAAGCGAGUUGAGGACCCGCGGUAGCAAUUUAUCAGCCAUUUCGUGGAAGGAUUUUCGAUCGGCGUUUUAUGCUAAGUACUUUCCAAGGAGUAAACUUCGUCAGCUCGAGAGGCAAUUUCUAGAUCUAAAACAAGGGUCCAUGUCUGUAGAGGAGUACGAGGCCGAGUUUGAUCGACUCUCUCAGUUUGCUCCGAAAUUGGUGGAUGAUAAUGAAUCGCGGGCCAAAAGGUUUGAAGAAGGACUGAAUGGAUAUAUUCGUACUGGCCUCGCACCUCUACACCUUGAGACAUACGACGAAGUUGUUUCGAGGGCAAAAUCCUUAGAUUCAGUAUGGAGACAGACUUGAGAGGAGCGCAAUGCAAAUCAGAAGAAG